AUGACACGCCAGAACCCGAUCGUCCUCGAUGACGAGGCCAUAGAACGCCCUCCGUACACUGGCAUCCAGCAGUGGGCCGCGAUGAGACAAGCCGAUGGCAAAGACCCCACUGCUACCUCCAAUCAUACGCGUAGCAUGUCUCAAGCGUCGUCAACUGCAGAGCCUGCUUCGUCUCCUAGUCCUCAGCACCGCAAUGCAUCGGCCUACCUUCACCUACCGGUGGCUCAACCACUACGGUCGGAACCCCCACAAGCCGCAACCGAUGCACCUCAAGCCCCGGUCCGUUGGCAUGUUCCACCCCAGCAGGUCUGCAAGGACGGAGCGACGCCGACCCUCGUCUGUGGUAGAUACUCACCUGCCCUGAACGAUCCUCCGAAGCAGCCCAGUACGAGAGGAGGCUCAGGACCGUACAAGUGUCCCCGUUGCCACGUCGGAUACUCGAGGAUCGACAGCGUCAGACAACAUUUCCCACACUGCAUCGCCUUAAACGGCAAUCCUGACUGUGAUUCCUGGACCGACGAUGAUAGUUAUGCCGCUGGUGUGGCGGACCGCAGUGCUUCUAGGGUCGAGGGCAGAGUCACACAGAAGGCACGCAAGCCGCGUACCAGGGCCACCCAUCUUGUGAACCUUGGUAUUUCAGAACUGGUCAUACGUAUCGCCUCGCAUGAUCAUGUGGAAUUUGAUGGUCUAGAGCCUUCUAGUGGAGAGGAGCAACUUGGCAACGAGACAAAGGAGGACGAGGACAAGGCAUGGGAAAACAUAGUGAAGAACUUGAAGGAGGAGACGCGUAAUGCUCAGGAGAUCUCGCCUGAGACACAGGCGUUGAUUGGAAUGUUCAAGGAGGACGGGAUGUGGGACAGCGAACCUUCGGAUGAGGCCUGA